UUGUACGUGCUUAUUUUGUCACAUCCGAUAGAGAGUUUAGAAAGUGUAUUCGUGUAUGGGUUUUAUGGUUGUUUUGGUAUCUUAAAAUUCUUCUUUUAAUCGAUUUGGUCUGCGAAGGAUUCAUGCAAGGCUAUAUCGAUUGUCACUGUCACAUCUCUUCGAGAGAAUUUGAUGGUGAUAUCGAGUGUGUUAUUGAGCAAUCAAAAAAGGCUGGAGUUCUGGCUCUUGUUGCAGUAGCAGAGCAUGCUGGGGAGUUUGAGAAAAUCAUACAACUUUCACAGAGAUUUCCUGGAUUUAUCUUCCCUUGCCUUGGAGUUCACCCAGUUCAAGAAGAUUCAGCACAACCCAGGGGGGCGUUACCAAAGGAUUUAGAUUCUGCCAUGCCCUUAAUUGAAAAAUAUAAAGAUCAUAUUGUGGCCAUUGGUGAGGUUGGCCUUGAUUUCACACCCCGGAUAGUCAGUACUGAUGCAGGGAAAGAACUACAGAGACAAGUACUCAUUCGUCAAGUAGAGAUUGCAAAGCAACUAAAUCUACCUCUAAAUGUCCACUCAAGAUCUGCUGGAAGACCAACUAUCCACCUUUUAAAGGAGCUAGGUGUAGAGAAUGCUCUUCUUCAUGCAUUUGAUGGAAAACCCUCAGUUGCAAUGGAGGGCGUACAUGCAGGCUACUUCUUUUCUAUUCCACCAUCAAUCAUAAGAAGUGAACAGAAGCAGAAACUUGUGAAACAGCUGCCGCUAGAAAAUAUGUGUCUUGAGACUGAUUCACCAGCCCUUGGACCUGAAAAGCAGGUGAGGAAUGAACCAGAGAAUAUCACCAUUAGUGCAGAGUAUAUUGCCAAAACCAAAGGCAUUCCUGUGGAAAAGGUCAUAGAGGUCACCACACUCAAUGCUCUUCGACUUUUCCCCAAGAUGAAGACAUUUAUGAGCCAUUUAUGACCAUUAUGAGAAGGCCUCUACAAAUGAUCAAGAUUUAUAUAAUACUGGCUUUAGUGCAUUCAAUUUUAAAUGAAACAUUGUCAAACAAGUUAAGUUGUAGACUGGUGGGUUUAAUUACAGGGUUUAUGUGUCCCACAUCCUUGUAAAGUUUAUAUUAUGCUAUUUGGGGCAGUGGUGGCUCAGCAGUUAAGGCGCUGGGUUACUGAUCGGAAGGUUAGGUGUUCAAGCCCCAGCACUGCCAAGCUGCCACUGUUGGGAGCUACAGGGGUGCUGUAUCAUGGCUGACCCUGCGUUCUGACUCCAGCUUCCUAACAAGCUGGGAUAUGUGAAGAAAAGAAUUUCACUGUGUAUAUGUAACAAAUAAAGGCUUCUUCUUCUUAA